AAAACAUUCAAUUCAACAAAGCGAAUUCAAAUGCCUGGCGCACGAGAGAAAGUCAACUUUCUUUGUUCAUUCUGAAAAAUAAUUUCCAAAAAGCCAAACUUUGAAGAUGAGUGGUGGUGUUUAUGGAGGAGAUGAGGUGGGUGCCUUGGUAUUUGACUUUGGAUCAAUGACAACAAGGGUUGGUUUUGCAGGCGAAGAUUGUCCUAAGGGUGAGUUUUCAACAACUGUUGGUGUUCUUGAUGGAAAUAAAGAUGAAAAAUUUGAUUUACAUGACACAAAGAACCUAAAAGAUUCAAACAGAGAUUACUUCAUUGACCCUUCAGAAAUACACGUGCCAAGGUCAAAUGUGGAGAUGAUGUCACCUUUAAAAGAUGGCUUAAUUGAAAAUUGGGAUUUGUUUGAGAAACUUGUAGAUCAUUCUUACAAAAGACACAUUCGAUCAGAUCCUGAACUCCAUCCAGUUUUAAUCUCAGAAUCACCUUGGAAUGUCAGAAACAAACGAGAGAAACUAGCAGAACUUAUGUUUGAAAAAUACAAUGUACCUGCAUUCUUUCUGUGCAAAAAUGCAGUUUUGUCAGCAUUUGCCAACGGUAGAUCAACUGGACUCGUUAUAGAUUCUGGAGCUACUCACACAAGUGCUAUCCCUGUUCAUGACGGUUUUGUCCUCCAGCAAGCUAUAGUAAGGUCACCUGUAGCUGGAGAUUUCAUUUCAAGACAGUGUCUAGAGUUUUUCAUGGAGUCAGGGAUUGAUAUUAUUCCAAGCUACAUGAUAGCUAGCAAGGAGCCCGUUGAUGAGGAUGCAGCACCAAUAUUUACCAAAAAGAAAAUUCCAGAAGUAACAAAGUCCUAUCAUAACUUUAUGGUGAAGGAAGUGGUCAAGGACUUUCAAGCUUCAACAUUGCAAGUUUCAGACAGUCCAUACGACCAAAAUGCACUGGAAAAUAUUCCAACAGUUCUUUUUGAAUUUCCAAAUGGCUUGAACAAAGGCUUUGAUACAGAAAGGUUUAGAAUAUGUGAAAGCCUAUUUGAUACAACAACAGUAAAGGGAAUAGAGAGCACAACAUUGCUUGGUGUCCCUCAUGUCAUUACAACAAGCAUAGGGAUGUGUGAUAUCGAUAUUAGAGCUGGUCUGUAUAACAGUGUGAUUGCAGUGGGAGGCAACACUUUAUUAAAUGGGUUUGUGGACAGACUCAACAGGGAGCUAUUAUCAAAGACACCAUCUAGCAUGAGGCUAAAGCUGAUAUCCAAUAACAGCCAGACAGAGAGACGAUUCAGUUCAUGGAUUGGUGGUUCUAUCCUAGCAUCAUUGGGAACAUUUCAUCAGAUGUGGAUUUCCAAACAAGAAUAUGAAGAAAGUGGUCGAAGUUGUGUUGAAAGGAAGUGCCCAUGAGAAAACCAUUCACAGAGAUAUUGACCGAAAUACUACUGUACAGAAGUCAUUAUUAAUUAACAUUAUAACUUUUAUAUGUGGUAGAUAA